AUGGAUGAUUCGGGAAUAAUCCGGCGCCGGAGGCUGCAGUUAUUUCUUCGCCCCCUACCCUCCGCCCCCCCGCUCUUCGUCUUCUUCUUUUUUUAUUACCCCUUCGACGCGGACCUGCCGCUGCCUCGCAAAAACAGCAGCUGUGAGGACGCUUUCCCGGGGCUUGUUGUGUGGAGUGUGUUGAAGAGGGAGAAGGAGAAGGAAGAGGAGGAGGAGGAGGCCUCCUGGAGUCUAUCGCUGCUGCUGAGGCUGCUGUUGCCAGAGCUACACCCGCAAAAGAUAUCCACCCAACAACAUGUUCCGACGCACGAAAAGAUGGAGAAGCCAAGUCAGUCUUGUUUAACACCACAAGAAUUAGCAAAGGAGAUCCACACAGUAGGAGGCUACGCAAGAGGUGGAGUGAGAAGAGUGGAGGGCCUUGGGCUUGACCCCUCGCCCUCCGUUUCUUAUCUAGGCGGCUCGCCUGGGAGUUGCCGCACGAGCAACCGGAAAAGUCUGAUCCUGACCACCACGUCUCCCACGCUGCCCCGCCCGCACUCCCCCCUGCCCCUCCCCGGACACCUCGGAAGCAGCCCUCUGGACAGCCCCCGGAACUUCUCCCCGAGCAACCCGGCGCACUUCUCGUUCGCCUCGUCCAGAAGAGCGGAUGGGAGGCGAUGGUCUUUAGCAUCUUUGCCCUCCUCUGGAUAUGGCACCAACACGCCCAGCUCAACGUCAUCCAGUUCGUCUCAGGAGCGGCUGCACCAGCUGCCCUCCCAGCCCACCAUGGACGAGCUCCACUUCCUGUCCAAGCACUUUGGCAGCACGGAGAGCAUCACCGACGACGACGGGGGCCGGUGCUCCCCCCACAUGCGCCCGCGCUCCCGCAGUCUCAGCCCAGGACGCUCCUCCUCCUGCUACGAUAAUGAGAUAGUCAUGAUGAACCAUGUGUACAAAGAACGCUUUCCAAAGGCCACGGCGCAGAUGGAGGAGAGGCUGGCUGACUUCAUCCAGGCUUUCACUCCGGAGAAUGUUCUCCCGCUGGCCGACGGGGUGCUCAGCUUCAUCCACCACCAGAUAGCCGAGCUGGCCAGAGACUGCCUGGCCAAAUCCCGCGACGGCCUCAUCACCUCGGUUUACUUCUUUGAGCUGCAAGAGAAUCUGGAGAAGCUGCUUCAGGAUGCUUUUGAGCGAUCUGAGAGCUCCGAGGUGGCCUUCGUCACAGAGUUGGUGAAGAAGCUUCUCAUCAUCAUUUCCCGUCCUGCCAGGCUGUUGGAGUGUCUGGAGUUUAACCCUGAGGAGUUUUACCAUCUGCUGGAAGCGGCGGAGGACCACGCCAAAGAGGGCCACCUGAUGAAAACGGACAUCCCCCGUUACAUCAUCAGCCAGCUCGGGUUGACCAGAGACCCCAUCGAAGACAUGGUGAACCUGGAGAGUUACGACAGUGAGGGACCAGUAACGCCAGAAACGGAUGACUCAGCGGAGGGUAAAAUUAGAGCGAUGAAACCACCCGGAGAAGCCGACUUUCAGACCAUAAAACUGAUCAGUAAUGGCGCCUAUGGCCUCCUCAUUACUUCCAUGGGCCACAUCAAACUGACCGACUUUGGCCUGUCCAAGAUGGGUCUGAUGAGUCUGACGACCAACUUGUAUGAAGGACACAUAGAAAAGGAUACCCGGGAGUUUUUGGACAAACAGGUGUGCGGAACCCCAGAGUACAUCGCCCCGGAGGUGAUUCUCCGUCAGGGUUACGGGAAACCAGUGGACUGGUGGGCCAUGGGCAUCAUCCUAUACGAGUUUCUGGUGGGUUGUGUGCCAUUCUUCGGAGACACUACAGAGGAGCUGUUUGGACAGGUCAUUACGGAUGACAUCGUAUGGCCGGAAGGAGAUGAGGCUCUUCCUGUGGAUGCCCAGCACCUACUGUCCUCCCUCCUUCAGAGGAAUCCCCUCGUUCGGCUGGGCACAGGUGGUGCUUUUGAAGUGAAGCAGCACUCCUUCUUCACAGAGGUGGACUGGAACAGCCUGCUCAGACAGAAAGCAGAGUUCAUCCCUCACUUAGAGUCGGAGGAAGACACCAGUUAUUUUGACACUCGCUCCGAGCGCUACCACCACGUCCAGUCUUACGACGAGGACGACACCAACGACGACGAGCCCGUGGAGAUCCACCGCUUCUCGUCCUGCUCGCCUCGCUUCAGCAAGGUGUACAGCAGCAUGGAACAUCUGUCCCAGCUAGAGCAUAAGCCCCACACCGUGACCCUACGGGAGCAUAAGGCCUCCAGAGAGGAUCGGGUGGCCAAGAGGGAAAGCCUGGGGAGCGUCACGCUCAGAGACAAAAGCUGGAGGACGGGUUCUCCUGAGAUGAAGCGCUUGUCAUGCUCCGAGUCCUACUUCUCCGAGAGCGACUUCAGCCCGCCGUCGGGGGCCCGGAGACGCUUCUCCGCCCUGAUGGAGCCACACCGCUUGCCGGCCCCCCUGGAGCUGGACUCUGAGCCGCCCGCCCCGAGCAAGCAGCCUCCGGUCAAGACCAGGGGGACCUCCCUGGAAGGAGCCAUGGGCUCUCAGAUCUCCUCUCCCGGAGAUCUGAGAGCCUUCCUCAAAGACGGUAACGGCCUCGCGGCUGGAGACAAGGUUUUGAGACCUGCCGACGCGGCGUUGCCUCCGCCGGCCUGCGCCACCGUCCUGGGGCUUCCUGACCCACAGGCCCACCGUGGGGCCGCCACAGACCUGGUGCUGCGGAGGGUCCGGCACCAGCAGCUGUCGGCCGAGGGGGAAAAACAAAGCUCGCGACCAGGAGCCAAAGUCACCAAAUCUGCCUCUGCUACCGCGCUGUCAGUCAUCAUUCCAGCAGGUAGAGCCUUACAUUUGACCAACCACUACUACUACCAACCGCUACUAUUUCAAGAGGAGUUUGGCAUCCAGACUUUGACCAUUUUGCUUUUCCCAGUGGAGCAACACAGCGCCUCCCCCCUGCCGAGCCCGGCGUCCCCCCGCUCCCUCUCGUCGAACCCUUCCUCUCGCGACUCCUCCCCCAGCCGAGACUACUCGCCCAUGGUCAACGUCCAGCACUCUCCCAUCACCAUCCACCGCUCGGGGAAGAAGUACGGGUUCACGCUCCGGGCCAUCCGGGUCUACAUCGGGGACAGCGACGUCUACAGCGUGCAUCACAUGGUCUGGCAUGUGGAGGAUGGGGGUCCUGCCCAGGAGGCCGGACUCAGUGCUGGUGACCUCAUCACACAUGUGAAUGGAGAGUCAGUCCAUGGUCUGGUCCACACAGAGGUGGUGGAGCUCAUUUUGAAGAGUGGAAACAAAGUUACAGUCACCACUACCCCCUUUGAGAACACUUCCAUAAAAGUGGGUCCCGCCCGAAAAUCCAGCUACAAGUCCAAGAUGGCACGGCGCAGCAAAAGGACAGGAAUCAAGGAGGGACAAGAUAAGAAGCGCAGCUCCUUGUUCAGGAAGAUCACAAAGCAGUCCAACCUGCUCCACACCAGCCGGAGCCUCUCCUCUUUGAAUCGCUCUUUGUCUUCUGGAGACAGUCUUCCGGGCUCCCCCACCCACAGCCUCUCCGCCCGCUCACCCACUCAGACCUACCGCUCCACUCUGGAAUCCUCUUACCUUGCCUCUCACCACAUGAGGCCCAGCUCCCUGCACGGCCUGUCCCCCAAGCUCCACCGCCAGUACCGCUCGGCCCGCUGCAAGUCGGCCGGCAACAUCCCGCUCUCCCCUCUGGCUCACACCCCGUCCCCGACCACCUCCUCCCCUCCGCCCCUCUCCGGCCACACGGUGGGGAGCUCCAACACCACCCAGACGUUUCCGGCCAAGCUGCACUCCUCGCCCCCCGUCACCCGGCCCCGGCCCAAGAGCGCCGAGCCGCCCAGGUCCCCGCUGCUCCAGCGGGUGCAGUCCGCCGAGAAGCUGGGGGCCCAGAUCCUGCCCUCCUCCUCUUCCUCGUCCUCGUCGCCCUCCCCCCUGACGGGCGGGGUGUCGCUGCGCAAGCACAGCCUGGAGAUCGCCCACGGCGACUACCGGAGGGAGUCCUUCCACUGCGAGCACAGUCUGCAGAGCCUGCUGGAGAUGGAGGGGGAGAACGGCCCCGCCCCGCCGUCCCCGUCCUCGUCCUCCUCCCCGUCGCCUCCGUUGGGGGGAGACGUUGGAGGUCUGAAGCCCGCGAGGAGGCUGGGGAGGCAGGAGUCGCCUCUGAGCCGCGACGCGAUGGUAACGGUCAGAGAGAAGGACACCCAAACGGCCGCCUCUGUCCUCUUUGCAUCGCAAACACUUCCGGCUGAGGAGUCUAAGACCAGCCCUGUUGAAACCAGUAAGGUGUCCUCCACUGUUGAAGCGGGAAAGAGUAAAGGAAGUGUGACUACAGGUGAAAUCAAGCCCAGUAGCUCAUCGGCGGACACCGAUCUCUGUCCUGGGAACAAACCUCCAAAAGCAAGUGCCUCAGCUACAGAGGCAGUUGCUGCCAGUAGUAAAGCCAGUGAUAAAAUUCCUGCUCAGCAAGACGCCAAGCAGCAGAGUGUGGAAACAGAGGGUGGAUCUAAAGCACCGGAGAAGAAAGAGGAGAGAGAAAAGGGCUCCGCGGCUGCCAACAAAACCGGCGCGCACACACAUCAGUCCAAGCAAGGCAAAGGCACAGAGGCCGCGGAGAAAGAGGGCGUCGGCGAGAGCGUCAAGGCGACCAAAGGACCCGCUCCCCCCGUGCCAGCCCAGGUCCAACCCCAUCCCGGAAGCAGACCCAGAGGCGGGAAGAGCGAGAAGGCGCGCCUGGAGGUGCUGGAGGAGAACCCCGCGUCCCCCUCGUCGAACGCGGCCUCCCCCUGCUCGGCCAAAUCCCGCCCCGUGUCCCCGGGAGACAAAGCCAGCUUCGUCACCCAGCUCACGAGCGUGGCCAAAACAGUGCUGGGCCCCAUGAAAGGGGGCUCGCAGGAGGGGGGGAAGGCAAAAGACGCCUCGAAGACGGGGGAGGAGAGGAAAGCGGGCGCGGGAAAAGCCGAGGCUUCGUCCGGGGCCGCUCGCCGGGGGGGGGCCUCGGCCAGCCCCAGCACCGCUCUCCCCGACCGAGGAAACAGCCGCGGCCCCAAGCAUCACUCAUGA